AUGCUAACAAUAACUGAAGGUUUUGUAGUCCUGAUCAUUUUUUUGUUAAUUGUUGAGUUUUUCAGGCUGCAAAAAGCUUGCAAGCAAUUCCCUCCUGGACCAACUCCUCUCCCAUUACUUGGAAACUUGGUGCACUUGAACUUUCAGUUUCAUCGGGAUCUUCUGAUGGAGCUGGCAAAAACUCAUGGUAACAUGUACACUCUGUGGUUUGGGUGGGUCCCAGUGGUUAUACUGAAUGGAUUUCAAGCAGUGAAGGAUGGCAUGACCACACACCCUGAAGAUGUUUCUGGCAGGCUGGUGUCACCUUUCUUCAGAGCAUUGGCCAAAGGAAAAGGCAUUAUUCUUGCAAGUGGUCGCUCCUGGAAGCAGCAGAGACGUUUUGGAAUAAUGACUCUACGCAAUUUGGGAAUGGGGAAAAAAGGCCUGGAGCAUCGAGUGCAAGAGGAGGCCUCUCACCUGGUGGAGUUUUUUGUGAACCUCAAAGGAAGACCUGUGGAUCCUUCUUUCCCUCUUUUCCAUUCUAUUUCAAAUGUAAUUUGUGCUGUGGUUUUUGGAUAUCACUUCUCUGAUGAGGACAAAACCUUCCAUGAACUGAUCCAUGCUACAGAGAAAAUAUUCAGGUUUGCAGGCAGCUUUGUUCAUCAGAUGUACGAAAUCCUGCCCUGGCUGCUGCGCCGCCUCCCCGGGUCUCAUAAGAAAGUGUUGGCUUGCUAUGACGUCCUGAGUUCUUUUGCAAGGAAAGAGAUCAGGAGACAUGUAGAGAGAGGGAUACCAGCUGAACCACAGGAUUUCAUUGACUUUUACCUGGCUGAGAUUGAGAAAUCUAAAGAGGGAGCCAAGCCCAAGUAUGAUGAAGAGAAUUUGGUAUAUGUCAUAAAUGAUCUUUUCCUUGGUGGAUCAGAGACCUCAAGCACUACAUUGUACUGGGGACUGCUCUAUAUGGUGGUGAAUCCAGACAUCCAAGCAAAAGUGCAGAAGGAGCUGGAUGCUGUUCUGGGUCCUUCCCAGUUAAUUUGUUACGAGGAUCGGAGAAAGCUGCCCUACACAAACGCUGUGGUUCAUGAGAUUCAGCGCUUCAGCAACAUUGUCUUUGUUGGUGUCCCCAGACUGUGUGUGAGGAACACAACUCUACUGGGAUUCCCUGUCAAAAAGGGCACCAUUGUUAUACCAAAUAUAGCAUCUGUUCUGUAUGACCCUGAGCAGUGGGAGACACCUCGACAGUUCAACCCUGGCCAUUUUCUGGAUAAAGAAGGAAACUUUAUACCACGAGAAGCUUUCUUACCAUUCUCAGCAGGGCACCGGGUGUGUUUGGGGGAGCACUUAGCCAGGACCGAGCUGUUCAUUUUCUUUGCCAGCCUGCUGCAGGCGUUCACCUUCCGCCUGCCCGAGGGGGUGACCGCGGUCAGCACGGAGCCCGUCAUGGGGGGCACUCUGCAGCCCCACCCCUACAGGCUCUGUGCCAUCCCACGCCAGGCUGCAGCAGCCACAGGCCAGCACGGCACAGCCACCUUCGCCUCCAUCACCCGUAAUAAUAUGGUCUAG